GGCGCCCGUGCCAGAUCAAAUACACCGAAGCGGAAGCACGCGUGCUCCUCCUACCGCCGCUCUUGUCCUCACCCGGAGGGAGUGACCCUGCCAGCCGCUGCCACUGCGCACACACUCCUCUCCCGAGAACACGGCUACACUCUGCUCGGGGCAUCUCCUCUCUCUCUAGAAGAGGAACAAGCAGCUGGGCCGAGCGCAGUUGCCCCAUCUCUCUCUCUUCCACACGAAUCUCUCUCCAUCCCCGGAGUUCUCUCGCGUGCCCGCAGGGGCGUUCCUUGGGUGAUCUUCGGUAGCGGCGGACCAUGAAGGCGCUGGUGGUGGCGGUGGUGCUUCUGCUCUCCUCCACUCUCGCCGCGUCACAAUGGUGCGUGUGCAGGCAGGAUGCGCCGCAGACCGCGCUGCAGAAGACCAUCGACUACGCCUGCGGCGCGGGGGCGGACUGCAACUCCAUCCAUGAGAACGGGCCGUGCUACAACCCCAACAACGUCCCCGCGCACUGCUCCUGGGCGGCCAACAGCUACUACCAGAACAACAAGGCCAAAGGCGCUACCUGCGACUUCACCGGCACCGCCACCCUCACCACCAGCGACCCAAGUUCUUCUGGCUGCUCUUACCCUACAAGUGCAAGCGCUGUUGGAACAAUGACCCCGACGACUGGAGGCGCAAUGGGAGGAACCCCAGGAACAGGAACCUUCACGCCCGGUGCUGGCACCACCGGCACUGGCAUGGGAACCGGCACUACUACUGGGACCACUGGCACUGGGUUCGGUCUGGGACCAGCAGGCACGGGUGCCGGCAUGGACACUGCAGCUGCGGGCUUGCUCCCAAGGGCUGGGCUGGUCGCCGUCCUCACUAUGCUCCUCUCCGCCAUCGCAUUCGCAUGACAUUUGACCCCUCUAGACAAGACCCUACUCCUCCUACCUGCUAGUAGAAAGCACACCACCCAUGGAGUGCUCUGAUGAUCCAUGGAGAAAGGAAGAGAAGCCUAGUGCAUCCUGUCCGAAACUCCACUAGUGCCUAGUUGGUGUUUGGUGCCGAUGGGGUUCAUGGGUGGGGUGCUGUUUUGUUUCUCCGUGACCGCACCAUGUUCUUCUGCGUACUCUGUAAUUUGGUAGGAUGGCUGUCUCUGUCAUGCAAGGACGAUUGUCUACCUUUUUAUUCUGUCAUUAAUCAUGUAAAUGUAGGGAAGCCAGUAGGUUAGCUCGAGGCUGGUUGCAAUGAAAAUGCUGCUGGGACAAUGCCAUGGUGAGCUUUUCAUCAACUUGCAUGUCA